CUCACUAUAUGUGACUUUGAUCAAUGUAGGAUGUCACUAGCUGAAGCACAUGCCAAGCUGAGUCUGAGAAGAGAGGUGGCAAUACCCGACGCUGUGAUGGCUAUCUUACUGUACGAGGAAUCCAUCACUGCACGAUACGGCUACUCUGUUCUGAGUGUAAAACCAUCGCCUCACUGUAGAGACUCCAAUAUUGGGGUGUAUUUGGGACCAGAAAAUGACCAGCGGAUGCUGCAGUUUCAACAACAGCUCAUUGCCUUCAUAGCUUCACAUGCUGGGGACCUAGAGUUUAGGGAGGAAUGAUCAGGAUUUCACAAUAUACUGAUCUUUCACCAUCAGGAGUGAUUAAACAUGUUUUGCAGCUCGACUAAACAUUUUUGUAAGAUUAUAGGAUUAAAAUUAUAAUUAUUAUCUCAAAAUGACCUACAAAAGCGACUACUAGAGUUGUUAAUGCAUAAGAAUAUGCACAGUUGUCAUACUUUACUAGGUCGUUUUUGGUCCAUCAAUUGUAUGUUUACGUGAUAGUGCAAUUUGAAAAUUUUGAUGUCGUUAUAUAUAGUUCUAUUUAUUUAUUAAGUAUAUUUAUUAAAACGAUUCUUUUUAACUUUAUUAAUUAAAAACUUGUUCUGCAGGUUUCCAUGUAAACGUCUCUCACCCGAUCAUGCCUUCAUCUGAUUAUAUGCAGGGCCAUUGAAGCAUUCACUUAGAAUCGGGUGCAAUGAUGAACACCUUUACAGGUGUGCUGUUACUUAACGAUGCAAUGCUUCACAAAGAACACAACAGAUGGCGGUGGCAGUCAGAUAAUCUAUUAUUGCCGUGAUUUGCUUACCAAGCUAAGCAUUACCAGUACAUUCAUUCAGGCAGCACUAUACGCACGCAUAGCUGUAUAAGCACUCACUCACACGGGCGGCCUCAGCCAACCCUGAACAUCUCACCGCCCCACAACCCCUAAUCCCGCAUGUGAUACAUUCAUACAUUCAAAGAUAGGCAGCAUGCCGAGUGGCAAAACCUAACCUUGUAUAAUAUAACUGUCUUGUAAGACCUAUUUAGCUUCUACCCAGUUAUAAACAUGAAGAAAGUUGGUGAUUCAGACAGGCGUGACUUCCAACAAAUUGGAAGCUACAACAUGCAUGUAUUACUAUCUGUGCUUGCUAAUCAAGCAUAAAGACGUAUUUAAUAUAGGAUAACAGAUUUUUAACAGUAUCGUACCCACCGAUGCCUAUUCAUAAAUGUUUUGAAACAAAUAUUAACAAUCAACUUAUAACAUCAUUUCACACUCAGUAGUAAUCCUGAUGUACAGUCUUUACACAGUAUAACUAUGGUGACUGGCAUACACAAAAAUAAUGAGCACAUUAACAUUGUUAAUAGUUAAAUUAUAGUUAACAAUGAUAAUAAGCUCUUAAUAAAAUCAAAUGAAAGAAGGUAAGUAAAUAUAAAUAAAGUACCACUUGAGCAAUAUAACAAUAUGAAAAUCCAUUGGAACUAACGAGGAUAUUUGUGUUUGUGUAAACAUUUCGAAUGAUUUAAUUGGGAACGAAUUUAUAUUUCAUUCAAAUUAACAUGGUGGGGCAAUAUUGACGAAAUGUUAAAGGAAAUUAAUUAAGGAACUAAUACUAAUAAGUCACACAAUUGAGGAUAGAGCUAGAUUAUUAAAUUACCAAAUUUAUUCUUGUGGCCAUGGAAUCAAGACUAUAAAUGCAAGUCAUACAGUAUCCUAAAUUACGCAUCACAGUCGAUCUACAAUUAUAGCAGGCCCGUAGCCAGCUUUCUAUUGGGGGGGGGUUCGUUUUUCAAUAUUGGCAAUUUGCUCGGCAGGGGCGUG